UCUAAAGGCCCGUGAUUGGUUGGCGAGCCGUGACGUCACCUACUUGACUGUCAACGUCGCAGACAUGGCGGAAGUGAAAGUGUUUCCUCUGUGCUGUGUGGUGCAGAACUACGCCUGGGGUAAAGUGGGCCAGGACAGUGAGGUGGCCCGGCUCGUGCUCGGUGGAGACCCUCAGGCUCUCAUCCAGGAGACCAAACACUACGCAGAGCUUUGGAUGGGUGCUCAUCCCAAAGGCGACGCUCUCAUCAAAGACAACAGGAUAUCCCAGAGGACACUGGGACAGUGGAUUGCAGAUUUCCCAGGCUGCCUGGGGUCAAAGGUCAAGGACACAUUCCACGGGCAGCUCCCUUUCCUUUUCAAAGUGCUGUCCGUCAACACGGCUCUGUCCAUCCAGGCGCAUCCCAACAGGGAGUUGGCUGCCAGACUCCAUGCGCAGUUUCCUGAACAUUACCCAGACAACAACCACAAACCGGAGAUGGCCAUCGCACUCACUCGCUUCGAAGGGCUCUGCGGCUUUCGGCCGAUGGAGGAGAUCUUGGGCUUCCUCAAAAAUGUCCCAGAGUUCCGUGCGCUGAUCGGGACUGAAGCCGCCGAGGAGCUCCAGAGCGCUGUGGGAGACUCGGGCCGAACGUCUCUCGCGCUGAAGAAAUGUUUCACCAGAAUGAUGAACUGUGAGAAGAAGCUGUUUGUGGAUCAGCUCAACAUGUUGGUCAAGCGAAUCUCAGAGGAAGAGGCUGCAGGCAAAGACACGUCCAGGAGUAACGGAGAGCUGCUGCUCCGACUGCAUUCCCAGUAUCCCGGGGACAUCGGAUGCUUUUCCAUUUACUUCCUGAACCGGAUGGUGCUGCAGCCGGGGGAAGCCAUGUUUCUGGGAGCAAACGAGCCUCAUGCCUAUCUGUCUGGAGACUGUGUGGAGUGUAUGGCGUGCUCUGAUAACACCGUACGUGCCGGACUGACUCCCAAAUACAUAGACGUGGACACAUUGUGUGAGAUGUUGAAUUACAGCCCGGCUCCGGUCAGUGCCAAAAUCUUCCCGUGCGUGCGGGACAACAGCGACCCCUGCGUCUACCUCUACGACCCUCCUGUGCCAGACUUCAGCGUCAUGAGAAUACAGAUCCCUGCCUCAGAGCAUCAGUACACUGUGAGCGCGCUGGAUUCUGCCGGGAUCCUGUUGGUAAUCGACGGAGACGCCGUCGCCACGUCUGCUGCCGCCCUCUCUGACAUCACUCUGAAACGAGGCUCCGUGCUCUUCAUUUCAGCCAAUGAGAGCGUCUCGUUACAGGUGACGUCAUCGACGGGCAUGACCAUGUUCAGAGCCUGCUGCUUACUGUAGGACACUUCAUAAACAGCGUCCAUGUCUUCUGUCCUAAUAUAAACCCCCGCUGAAACAGUUCAAGAAGAAACCAUGUUUCUGUCUUCAUCACGAACUUGCAUGACCCCUCUUUAGCCAGAAAUUAUGAUGACAUUUAAGUGUUAAAAUUGCUAUGCUCAACCAAAAAAAAACAA